ACGAAGACUGGGACGUAAUUACAUUUCUAUGGGCAGAGCGCGAACACACCACCGGUUCUCGCUGCAUAGUCCGAGCCUCUAAGAUAAGUGUAUAUCUGUUAAGUAACAUGAAACGUCUAGUACAGAGAUAGAUUUUUAAACAGAAGAGCCUCUGUACGUCGUGUUUCUUCAUUGGAGAGCCCUCCCUUUUCUGCCUGGCGUUUGUUUCAGCUGAAAGCCUGCCGUGGAGCGGUUGCCACACAGGCCGCGAAUCGGGUCUUGUUGCUGGGAGGAGACCAUUCAGACUCGCCUCCCUGCUAGCAUUAUUAGCUGGCUAUGAUGCGUCGCUGCUGCUGGUGUAUUUUCUACACAGCAGGCCACUGUAAAGCGAGGCAGGUCUUUGGUUAAUUGUUUACCCCGACGGAACUGAAGGGUGUCUUGGAGACACACCACACCUUUCAAGGAUGGAUGUUGAUUUGUGUGCUGGUGGGGACAGUACCAGGAGAAAAGUGGAUUUGACUGGGGUUGCAGAAGGCACAAUGGAUGUCGUACCAUUGGAGAUGUAUGACUCGGCCAGAGCAAAAAUAGCUGCCAACCUGCGGUGGCUGUUUGCCAAAGCCUAUGGCAUUGACCAUAUUCCAGAGGACUUAAGGGACCCGUUCUACACAGACCAGUAUGACCAGGAACACAUCAAGCCACCUGUCAUCCACUUGCUGCUGUCCUGCGAGCUCUAUUGCCGUGUCUGCACCCUCAUCCUCAAGACGGAACAGGCGGCGUCUCUGCAGUCCCACCUGUCCGUCAUCCAGUCUCUGUCCAGGAAGGGCAUAUAUGUCGUGGAAAGUGACGAUACACCCGUCACAGAUGAGGACCUGGCCUGUAUGCCCAUCAAAAUGAGUGCUCACAUGCCCAUGAUCGAUGCCCUGAUGAUGGCUUACACAGUGGAGAUGAUCAGCAUCGAGAAAGUGGUGGCUUCUGUCAAGCGUUUCUCUACCUUCAGUGCCUCCAAGGAGCUGCCCUUUGACCUGGAGGACGCUAUGGUCUUCUGGAUCAACAAGGUGAACAUGAAGAUGAGGGAGAUGACAGAAAGGGAGCACAAAGUCAAGCACCACCCCCUGGAGUCCCCAAGCCACCAAAAGUCUCCCUCCAAAUGGUAUUGGAAGCUAGUCCCUGUAAGGUAUCGUCGGGAGCACGCUUCCGGCCGACAGCUGCCCUUCUUCCCACUGCUGGAAGACCUGAUGAGGGAUGCUUGUGACGGAGCUGCACUGCUCACCGUGGUCCACUGCUACUGCCCAGACCUCAUGAAGCUGGAGGAUAUUUGCCUGAAGGAAGUACCAUCCAUCGCUGAUAGCCUGUACAACAUCCAGCUACUCAGAGAGUUUGCCAACGAGUAUCUGAAUAAAAGUUUCUAUCUGACCACAGAGGACAUGCUGUACUCGCCGCUUGUGCUCAAGCACAAUGUGAUGGUGUUCAUUGCUGAACUCUUCUGGUGGUUUGAGACUGUCAAACCAGAGUUUGUCCAGCCUAGAGAUCUGCAGGAGUUCAAAGAUGCUCGAUCCAUAGCUCAGCCCAAGAGUGCCCGCCCAUCAGUGCCUAUCUCCAAUGCCACCAAGCGCAGCUUCCUGGCCAGCCCUGGUGUGGCCGAUAACCAGAGCAGCCCAGAAGUCUGUAACAGGUACUUCCUGCACCCUGAAGACACUGACCCCUUUAAAGGAGGUCCAACCUUCAGUCCUUCCCACCCACUCCUGCCCCUCCGACAGAGGCAACAAAAGCAGCAAGGAGAAGAUGGUGCAGGUCUCAGAAACCGCUCCAACUCCCUGACUCAGAUGGACGGGCAAACCCGAGGCUCUGUUGUUGCAUGGCCCGACAAGAGGCAGAGACCACUGUCCACACUGAGCCCCUACAUGUUUCAUUCAGCCACAGACAGUGAUGCAGACAUGGCCUCUGGUGACAGUGUGAGUCUGGCUCGUUCCAUAAGUAAGGACAGCCUGGCGUCCAACGUCAUCAACGUCACACCCAAACACCAGACUUCUGCCCACCAGCCUUCACAGGCUGCAAUGCGCAGAGUCAAUGGCCAUGGCCUCUUGGGAAAUGUCAACUUUGAGGAUGGGGAAGAAACUCUGGUGGCAGUUGCCAGGACUGAUAGUUCAGUCAUCCCCAAACGGGUUGACGGGACGCAAGCAACUGCCAUGGUGGGACCCAAACCUUUCACUGAGUCCAAACCUGAACCAGAUAGCUUUUACCUAGAACCACUGAUGCCUGCCGUGCUCAAAACGGCUAAAGAGAAGUCUGUAUGCCUAAACAAGGAGGAGGAGAGUGGUGAGGGGACCCACUCUUCAGGAAGGGGCUCGCUACGCCGAGGAGAUGGAUCUACAUUGGCAGUUUGUAGGAACGCUCCCCGCAGCCUGAACCAAACCUUUACCCCUCCGGGUGAGGAGGCCGACAUGUCAGAGGAGCCUCCACAGGGUCAGGCAAGUUUCAGGCCCAUUAUUACCAGCAGUGUAGACCCCUCGUCCAGAGAGCCAGCCGGGGGUUUCUACCUACAUUCAGAUUCUGAGGAACCAAAGUCUGGCCAGGGCCUGGACGCUGAGCUGGAAGACCUGGAUGAAGAGGAAGAAGAUCUGGAUGAAGCUAUUACCACUAAAGACCCCAACCGGCCCAGGAAAGCCUUUAAUGAUGAAGAAGAAGAAUCAGCCAAACUCCAAGAUGACAUGAAUGUGAAAGAGCAUGAGGACAAAGACAUGAACGGUGGCAGCGGUCGCUCCAGCCCCUGUCUCAGCGCUCACUCCCAGGCCAGCAGCAUGGCAAGUGGCAGUGUGCGCAUGACCUCCUUCGCUGAGCGCAAAGCCCAGCAGCAGCGCUUUGGCAGCAACCACGACCUACGCUCCAGUGCCUCUAGCUCCCAAAGGACCACUCCAGAUGGAUCAGAGAGCAGCGGGCCCCUGGCUUCCUCCUGGAAGCUUAAGAGAGACCAGAGCCCCUCCUCACCCUUGGGAGGAUGCUCUCGUACAGGCGAUGGUAACGGUGGUGCUAAUGUACUGGCUUCUGAACUUGUCCAGCUUCGUAUGCAGCUGGAGGAGAAGCGACGUGCCAUUGAGCACCAGAAAAAGAAGAUGGAAGUGCUGUCGACGAGGCAGAGGCAGAAGCUGGGAAAGGCAGCCUUCCUGCACAUCGUAAAGAAAGGUGGAGGCAAGAGUGACACAUUACCCAACCCACUUAAAGCGGACAUCUCUAAAGACGAGCUCAGUGGGGAGAAAGGACCAUCAAGUAAAGAUGAUAUGUGUGUUGAUGCCCUGAGGGGGGGCAAAGAGAGGGAGGGAACACCCCCCCCAGGUGCCUUAGAAGCAGACAAGAAAGGGACCAGCGGAAGCUUCUAUCUAGAAGAAGAGUUGGACCUAAAUGAGUGCAGCCGCUCCAUCGAGCUUUUGAACGACGCCAUCGGCAGCAUCCAGCAACAGAUGAUGCAGCUGUCACUGCAGCAGGAAAUGUUGAUGAAACAGAAUGUACAGUCCCCCCCUAGUGCAACUCCACCUCCUCCUCUCACCAGCGACAAAAACGGUGACUCUAAGUCGGGGGCGAGCUUUCACUUUGUGGAGCACCUCUCCGGCACUAGCACUGCCCCCACCAGGAAACCCCCCAAGCUGAGCUCAGGCCGGGUCUCCAGGUCCAAACCAUCAGAGCUAAAGAUAGCUAAGGAGCAGAGCCGGCAGGCCUCAAGGACGAUCACCCCCACCCAGAGUGGAUCAGAUACAUUACCACACCCAAGGCAGUUAGCUGGGGGCAGGUCCCCCAGGACUGAGCUGCCCAGUAGCCCCAGAAACCCCACAGCAGGAGAGACAAUCGACAGGCCGGGCUCUGGCCACAUUCGGAGCGCCACCUUCCGGCUUCGUGAUGAGGCAAACAUGCGCCUACCGACUCGAGUGGACCUGACGGCAGUGGUUGCUCCAGAAGUGUCCUUUGAUGAGUGCCUGUCCAGCACCAUGAGAGAGUCUGAGCUCAAUUCUUCAGACGGUUCAGGGAAAGAAAAUAUCCCAUCAGAGGAGAUGCAGCGCAGCAAAGCCCACCUGAUUGAGGUCGAUCUGUCAGAGCUGAAAGCUCCUGAGGAAGAGGACACUGCUGAGGACAGAACGACAGAAGGAGAUGAUGGAGAGCAGAAGUCAGUCAUGGGCUUCUUCUUCAAGGAUGAGCAGAAGGCAGAGGAUGAGCUUGCUAAGAAGAGAGCAGCGUUCUUGCUGAAGCAGCAGAAGAAAGCUGAGGAGGCUCGACUCCGUAAACAGCAACUAGAAGCAGAAUCUGAGCUCAAACGAGAUGAAGCCAGACGGAAGGCUGAGGAGGACCGCUUGCGUAAAGAAGAGGAGAAGACACGGCGGGAGCUGAUAAAGCAGGAGUAUCUGCGGAGGAAGCAGCAGGAGAUGUUAGAGGAACAAGGCCUUGUCAAGCCCAAAACCCCCAAACCGAAGCAGAAACACAGACCCAAGACUGUCUUCAGAGAGGAAUCCUCCAGCGAUAAUUUCUCCAAGGGCUCUUCCACACCUGACAACCUGAGCAACGCCCAGUCAGGCUCCAGUCUGUCCCUGGCCUCUGCUGCGACCAACGAGGCAGACAGCGUCAAUUCUGGAGGGGCUGGCUCCCAGCGCUGUGACUCUGUGGAGUCGUUUCCAGGCAGUCGUAAUAACAGUCGAACUGCAGAAAGAGACUGGGACAACGGCUCCACUGCAUCUUCCAUCACUUCUAUGGCUGAAUACACUGGUCCUAAAUUAUUCAAGGAGCCCAGCGCCAAGUCAAAUAAGCCAAUCAUCCACAAUGCAAUCUCCCACUGCUGCCUGGCUGGCAAAGUCAACGAGCCUCAGAAGAACCAGAUCCUAGAGGAGUUGGAUAAGUGCGAGUCCAACCACUUGAUGAUCCUGUUUCGUGACGGCGGCUGCCAGUUCCGUGCGCUCUACUCGUACUUCCCCGACACCGAAGAGAUACAAAAGCUGACGGGCACAGGACCCAAGAGCAUCAGCAAGAAGAUGAUCGACAAGCUGUACAAGUACAGCUCGGACCGAAAGCAGUUCACAGUCAUCCCUGCCAAGACUGUGUCAGUCAGCGUGGACGCCCUGACCAUCCACAACCACUUGUGGCAGGUCAAGAGAAGUGCUGUGCCAAAGAAAAGUGGAAAAUAGCAGGCCGGAUUUUAAACCCUCAUCAUCCAAAUCAUCUUAUACCCAUCUUACUUGUUUCCUGAAUAGACUGCAUUGACACAGCCAAGCUCACCGCCAUGCUCGGUCUGGAAACCUGCUCGGGAGAGGCUGCAUUUAUAGACAUGUGGUCAUCUGUAGGUGGACCAAGGCAGAAAAGAAGGAAAAGGUGUGUGUGUGUGUGUUUGUGUCACAGGUGGUCUGAGGGACUGGUGCUUGCAACAAAAAGAGGAAUGCUGGCUGAAUUUGCUUCUUCUCCCUCUGAUCUCAGUGCCAUCUGUUCAGGUUUCUAUUGGUCCAGCUCCGUUUUUCUACAACGACCACGACUCAAGCAUGUGGCAUUUGUUUCUCUGUCUCUCUCAUAUGUGGUGGAUGUUCAUUUCUACAUUAAGUAUUUAUUAGUUCAGCACUGUCAUGGUGGAGAGCUCAGCUGCAGCACUAAAGUCCUUCCUUCUCUCCGGAAACGCCUCUUUUGGACGACAUUGGACAAAAAGAGGGGACAUUGGGGGAAUUUCUGUUGCUCUUUUCAGAUAAUCCGAAGCAAGGGACCUUUGUACAACCCUUUAGGGACUGUCGUACUGCUCUGUUGUCCCAACAAAAACAACAAUCUCUUCCUGCGUGGACUGUCGAAUCAGGCUGGCAUUGCCGAGUUUGCCUCACCAGGGAUCUCCAAAAACCUGCUGCUCUGAACUGUCUUCUUCUUUUGUCUUGAGGGAGCUCCUCAGGUCUCCCUCAGACAUCUGUUGGCCUUUCACGCAUCGUGGUACUAUCGUCUAUUUAUUCAACCGCUUUUUAAACGCUGAUCGUGUAGCACUGGAUAUGUGUAUAGCAAAAAAAAAAAAAAAAGAGUUCACAACGGUCAUUUUAAAUACUUUUAUUUGUCGAAACAUCCUUUUUCUUCAGGGUGUCAGAGGGUGAAUGAUGGGUUUUGGUACAAAAAUGAUUUUUUUUGUUUUAGCUUUUUUUAAUUAUUAUUAUUAAAGCAAUGUGGUAUAGAGUUUGAGCUGAUGUUAUGUGUUUUCAUCAUAACGGGAAUUCUCUGAUGUUUAGAGCUUAGUUGUGUUUUCUCUCUCCACUGGGCACUCUUGAACUGUCCUGUAUAAAGGUGCACUCAUGAACACUUGUCGACGGCUUCUGUCAUGCAAUGUAACCCCCCAAGUGUUUUUGUCGGCCUGUCCCAUCUUUAACCACUAGAGCGGCACACACACUCUUGUUGUGAAGAGUGUUUUCGUGCUGCUCUGUAACCGGUUCGGAUGACAGUAUUUGAUAUAUUCACAAAGGGGUUUCUGUGUGUGGGCGGGUGGGGGACUGUGGUUCAGUUAUAUACCAACAUUAAAGAACAUUCCUCCAAGGUGUUGACAAACACUGCCACGCCGUCUCUCUCUUCUCUCUUUUCAAAAAUCAUCAAAAGUGCUUUUUUAGAAACCGUUUGUUGGCCUCGAGAACAACCAGAAGUGUUGCACGAGCACUUUACUUUGUGUUUGUUGGGGAAUUUUACCUUUUUGAAUGGGCAUAAAAACUAAGAACUAAUUAAUAACACUGCUAUUGUGAGAAAAUUGUGUAAACUAAACCAAACACUAAGAUUUAAUACUGACAUGUAAAGCUGAAGGGCCUCCACUGAUAUGAUACUACUGCUGUCUCCAAAACAACAGAAUACUUGAUCUCUCAUUUGCUGCAUUUUGAUUUGUUUUGGGGGGGUUUGGGUUAGGGAGGUGGCAGAUCUUUAAUUGUAUGUGAGUGUAUUUUUAUGUUAACUAAAAGAUUGUAUUGGCAUUUGGUCACCAUUUUUGUUACACUAGUUGUACUUUUCAUCCUUGUUAAUUUUAUCUUUGAUCCCAUGCCAUCUAUUUAUUUUCAAAAUGGAAGCACUGAAACAGAAUAAAUUUUCAAGUGAAUAAAAGUCACAUUUUUCAUUUUUA